CGCCGCCGCUCUCUGCCCCGCAGGCCGAGCCAUGGUGGAGCCGCCGGCCGAACCUCCCCCGCAGCCCUGCCCGGCGCCCGGGGGGGCAGCGGGGGGAGAGCCGGCCCGUCCUGGAGAGCAGUCGCCGCUGCUGCACCUGGACCUGUACAACUUCGACUGCGCGGCGGCGGAGGGCAGCCGGUACGUGCUGACCAGCCCGCGGUCGCUGGAGGCCUGCGCCCGCUGCGCCGUGCGGCCCGUGGAGCUGCUGCCGCGGGCGCUGGGGGACCUGCUGAGAGAGGCGCCCGGGCGCUCCAUGCGAGUGGCCGCCGGCCUCUACGAGGCCUACGAGCGGGAGCGCCGCCGCAAGCUGCAGCAGUGCCGGGAGGAGCGGGAGAGGAUUAUCCGGGAGGAGAAGAGGCGGAUCCUCGCGCCCCUGGGCAGCCUGCCGCCUUCGCCCGCCGCCCGCGUUUCGUCCCGGGCUGCGGCCGCCGCUGCCGGCGGGCCCCGGACCCAUGGCGGGGGCAAGGCCCGGGCAUCGAGGGGUGCCAAGGGCAAGAGCCACUCUCUGGACUCGCUGCAGAAGCGCCGCGAGGGUAGCUGGGGCAAGACCUCCUCUGAGUCGGGCGCUUCGUCGUCCUACAGCGGGGAGAGCCUGCGGGAGCGCGGGGGCAAGGUGUGUGGCCGGGGGCGGGGGGUAGCCGUCGCCAGUGGGGCUCUGCUGGGGCGCAGCUUCAGCCUGGGCGACCUCAGCCACUCACCACAGACUGCCCAGAGAGUCGAGAGGAUCGUCAGGGAGGUGAAGAGGAAGAAAGGUCUCUCAGAGGUGCCGGAGAGAGACAAGAAGAUCGCGGCACUGAUGAUCGCCAAGCACCAGGAGGCCAGCCUCCUGCGGGAGCAGCGGCAGGCAGCUCAUCUGCAGUGGGACAGCCAGCGGCGCCUGGCUGAGCAGCGGAAGGAGCAGGAGGAGAAGGAGAAGCAGAGGGCCCUCCUGCAGGGUCAGCGGAUGUGGGAGAGCCAGGUGGAGAAGCGGCGAGGGAGACUGAACCAGGAGCAGGAGGAAGCCACCCUGAUGAAGCAGAGGCAGCUCCUGGUGUGUGAGGGGAGGUGGAGGGAGCAAGCGGAGAAGCAGGAGCGGCUUCGGAGGGAGAGGCUGGAGAGGGCCAUCAAGGAAGACAAGCAGAAAAAGCUCCAUCAAGAGCUCAACCUGAAGGCGAAGGAAGAGGUCAAGAAGGAGCAUCAGGAGCGAGAGGAGCAGCUCCUGCAAGAGAAGCUGUCCACAGCUGCACAAAAGAGGCUGAAGAAGGAGGUGCAGCUGCAGAAGGAAAAGAGACUAUUCAACCAAGCAGAGAAGCUGAAGCAUGAGGCCUUGCUCAAGGAACUGGCCAAGCAAGAGGCAGAAGAGAAAGAAAUGCUGAAGGCAUCCCUGAAGAUGAGUUUGACAAAGGCUCAGGAGAACUAUGAGCAGCUUGUGGAGAAGAGGAACCAGGAGCUGAAGGAGAAGGCCAGGCGUGAGGACAUGCAGAUCCAGAGAGCUAAGCUGGCAGCAGAGAAGAAGGAAAGAGAGCAGAAGGAGCACUUGGAAGCACUGGCUAGAGAGACAGAGAGAAGGCUCCAGCAUGCUGCCCAGGUGGCUGAAGAGGCUGUCCAAGAAAAAGCCCGCAAAGUGGUCUUGAGCCGUCUGGAAAAGGAAAAAGUCCAGAAACUGAACAAGCAAAAGGUAGAAGAGUAUGAGGACUUACGGCGCAGGGAAAUUCUCCUCUCUAUAGAGAGGAAGCUGGAGAGAAGUGAGCAGAUUUUCAAGGAGAAGAAGACUGUUUUAGAAAAUGCCAGGUCUGUUGCUCGAGCAUCCUUCCAUGUCCGGGAAAAGGUGCGGGAGGAGACGAACAUGCGCACCUUUGACAAGAUGGCCUUCGAAGCAGAACUGCAUGCUCACCUUAGUAAGAAAUGA